GUAUAUAUAUAAAGCAACGCCCACGCCGUCUACCGCCGAAACCCUAGGCGUAUCACUUCUGCUUCAGCCAAGAACAUCGUUGGGGAAUCAGAUUGCUUCCGGUACAAAUGGCUCCAGCUAAAGUUGAUCCCGCCAAGAAGAAGGCAGACCCAAAGGCUCAGGCUUUGAAGACUGCCAAAGCAGUUAAAACAGGUUCAACAGCCUUUAAGAAGGUCAAGAAGAUACGCACAAAAGUUACCUUCCAUCGGCCUAGGACAUUAAAGAAGGAGAGGAACCCCAAGUACCCUCGCAUUAGUGCUCCUCCGCGGAAUAAACUUGACCACUACCAGAUUCUGAAAUACCCUCUCACCACAGAAUCUGCAAUGAAGAAGAUUGAGGACAACAACACACUGGUGUUCAUUGUGGACAUUCGUGCUGAUAAGAAAAAAAUUAAGGAUGCUGUGAAGAAGAUGUAUGACAUUCAGACCAAGAAAGUGAAUACCCUUGUCAGGCCUGAUGGUACCAAGAAGGCGUAUGUUAGAUUGACACCCGACUACGAUGCUCUUGACGUGGCCAACAAAAUUGGAAUCAUUUAAGCAAGCAGAUCCCCUCCCAUUAUGUGUUUGUUAUCGAUGAAGACAUCCUUUUCCAUUAUUAUUAUUUUAGAUGGUAGUGUGGAUUUGUAUUUCCUCAAAUUCUACAACACUCAUAUGUUCCAGUUAUUUCGCUUUUUCA